GGUGCAGGCGACGCUGCCGGACGAGGAAGCGCUCUCGGAGACGCAGAUCGACAGCAGCUUCCGGCAGCUCUUCCAGCAGCUGGCGGGGCCGGACAUGGAGAUCAGCGUCACGGAGCUGCGGACCAUCCUCAACCGCAUCAUGGGCAAACAUAAGGACCUGCGGAGCAAGGGCUUCAGCGUGGAGGCCUGCCGCAGCAUGGUCAACCUCAUGGACAAAGACGGCAACGGGAAGCUGGGGCUGCUGGAGUUCAACGUGCUCUGGAACCGCAUCCGCAGCUACCUGGCUGUUUUCCGCAAGUUCGACCUGGAUAAAUCGGGAAGCAUGAGCGCCUACGAGAUGCGCCUGGCGCUGGAGGCCGCGGGCUUCAAGCUGAGCAAGCGGCUGCACGAGCUGAUCGUGACGCGCUACGCGGAGCCCGACCUGGCGCUCGACUUCGACAGCUUCGUCUGCUGCCUCGUGCGCCUCGAGACCAUGUUCCUGCUGGCGCUGGCGCGGGCGCACGGGCCGGGCCCGCUGGCGCUGGCCCACGAGCUCCUGGCCUUCGUCACCAGCGGCGGCGGCGGCGGCGUCGUCACCUCCGAGCUCCUGGGCGCCUUCGAGCACAGGGGUAUUUACCCCCUCCGCGGGUAUUUACCCCCCUCUCCGGGGGUUUCCCGGCACGCAGCGCUGUCCUGGCGGAUCUCGGAGCUGGGCGAGAUCCUGCGGCGGCACCACGGGCUGCAGGAGCUGGCGCCGGCCGCCCGCCCCGCGCAGGAGCCGGUGGCCGUGCUGGGCCAGAUCGGCUGCGACGGCAACGGGAAGCUCAACGCCAAAUCCGUGAUCCUGGAAGGCGACCGGGAGCACUCGGCGGGCGGCCACGUCCCGCUGGACCUCUCCGAGCUCCGGGAAUACUCCCUCUUCCCGGGCCAGGUCGUCAUCGUGGAAGGGACCAACAGCACCGGGAAGUGCCUGGUGGCCUCCAGACUCUACGAGGGGGUGCCGCUUCCCUUCCCCGCUCCCGCGGAGCCGCCGCCAGAUCCGGAGCCGCGGACGGUGCUGGUGGCCUGCGGUCCCUACACCCCCUCCGACGGCAUCGGAUACGAGCCGCUCUCCGACCUCCUGGACGUCGUGGCCCGGGAUAAGCCGGACGUCUGCAUCCUGUUCGGGCCCUUCCUGGACGCCCAGCACGAGGAAGUGGAGAACUGCCGCCUCCUCGGAUCCUUUUCCGACAUCUUCAAGCUCUGCCUCAAGACGAUCAUCGAGGGAACGCGAAGCGCCGGCUCCCGGCUGGUCCUGGUGCCGUCGCAGCGGGAUGUCGCCCACGAUCCCGUGUAUCCGCAGCCGCCCUUCUCCUACGCCGAGCUGCCCAAGGAGGACAAGCCGCGUGUCCACUUCGUCUCGGAUCCCUGCACGCUGGAAAUCCACGGCACCGUCUUCGGCCUCACCUCCACGGACCUGCUCUUCCACAUGGGAGCCGAGGAGAUCAGCAGCUCGCCGGGAGUCGCGGACCGGCUCACGCGGAUCCUCCGGCACGUGCUCACGCAGAGGAGCUACUACCCGCUGUUCCCGCCGGCCGAGGGGCUCAACGUGGACGUGGAGGCGCUGUGCGCCCGGGCGGCGCUUCCCGUCACUCCGCACGUCCUCGUGCUGCCCUCGGAGCUGCGCUUCUUCGUCAAGGAGGUGCUGGGCUGCGUGUGCGUCAACCCCGGCCGCCUGACGAAGGGCCGCGCGGGCGGCACCUUCGGCCGCCUGUUGCUGCGGCCGCCGGAGGCCGCCGCUCCGCGCCGGAAUCCCUGCGUGUCCGCCCACGUGCUCCGGAUCUGAGGAUUCCCGCGACGGAAUGCCGGCUGCGCUGCUCUUUUUUGGGGGGGUUGGCGCCUUUUUGGGUGUCUGGGGAGAAAAUAAAGCGGAG